GAAUUAGAUAUCAUCUAUUCUUGUAUUUUUGGGUAGCACAAAAAAGGAAAAAAAUGGUAGCUCAGAGCGUGACGAAUAAACAGAUCGCGCGCUAUUGGAAUCAGCGACGGAGGUUGGAGGAAGAUCAUCUCUUCGCCGCCGUCAAGGCCGCCGCUCGCCUCCGCGCUCGGAAUCUCUCCGAGGAUGAUUACCUGAGAUUCAAGGAGUCCUUAGCGGUGGUGGAGGAGGAGAAGAGUAAAUCUGCGGUAGCGAAAGACUGGUGGACUAAGAGCAAAUAUGCGUAUCUAAACCAGCCAGCGGCGGAUCAUCCAAGGAGAAGAAGCGAUCACUUUCAAUAUUCAUUCACUUUCAAAUCUGCUUCUCUUCUCAAAUUCAUCUCGCCGGCGACCUAGCUGCCUACCUACCUACUCCAUCACCUCCGAUCGUCAUCUGCGAUCCUCUAAAUUAUAUGCAUCUUGUUACAGAAAUUCAUGUGUAUAUAUGCAUCUUCUUAUAAUUCAUAUGUAUAUAAGUUGUAUUUCUUGUAUGUGCAAGUCAUGAAUCGAUUUUUCUUCAAUUA